CUCUCUCAUACACAUCCUUCAAUCAUAUAAGAACAACAGAUCGACGAGCUCUCUCUCUCUCUCUCUGUCUCUCUCUCUCAUACACAUCCUUCAAUCAUAUAAAAGAAAAGCAGAUCGACGAGCUCUCUCUCUCUCUCUCUCUCUUUCACCCUUCAAGCAUAUAAAAGAAGAACACAUCAACGAGCUCUCUCCCUCUCUCUCUCUCUCUCAAUGGCCACAAUACCCUCAUAUGCUUCAAAACUCAUGCAUUUCUCCCCUUUCAACCCCUCGAAUAAGGCAGGACUCACAAACAGGGACUUUCAGACUGUGAACCCAUUCAAACAUAAAGAGAAACCAUGGCAAAUCCAGUGUUCUAAGAAGAAAACCAGCUUCACAGAUCGCAUACUCGACUACAUAGAAGGAGGGCCAAAACUGAGGAAGUGGUAUGGUGCAUCCGAUGAACUUCCAAGGGAUGGAGGGCUUCCAGAGGAGGAGGAAUCGGCAGAACCAGAGGUCCGAGAUUCAAUACUGGUGACAAAUGGAGAUAGUGAAAUUGGUCAGAUGGUGAUAUUGUCAUUGAUACUUAGACGAGCACGCGUAAAAGCACUCGUGAAUGACAAACGGGCAGCUUUGGAUGCAUUUGGGUCCUAUGUGGAGCCAAUAUCUAGACAAGGAAAUGACAGUUCAGGGCUCACAAAGGCCAUAAAAGGCGUCCGUGCCAUCAUAUGCCCUUCACAUGAAGGGUGCUUGUCAGAAAUUGAAAGCAUGAGAGGGGUACAACACAUCAUCCUUCUAUCGCAGUUGGCCGUUUAUAAAAGUAGCAGUGGUAUCCAAGGUCUAAUGAAUAACAAAGCUAGAAGACUAGCAGAGAGAGAUGAGGAAGCAGUUCAAGGAUGUGGAAUCCCGUAUACUAUAAUCCAAGCUGGCCUGCUCGAGAAUAGUCCUGGUGGCAUGCAAGGUUUCAGCUUUGAAAAGGAUGCAGCAGCCAAAGGAAGACUAAGCAAAGAGGAUGCUGCAAUGAUUUGUGCAGAGGCCCUCAAUAUCAUACCAGAAAGAGGACUAGUUUUUGAGGUGGUCAAUGGGGAGGAAAAAGUCUUGAACUGGAAAGAGCGUUUUGCAUCACUCAUUGCCAGCAGUGAACAACUUCAAAAGUGAUUAUGGUUUUGGAAUGGAAGGAGUAGCUCAAAUAAUUAUUAAGCAAGCAUCUCUCUCUCUCUCUGGUCAACAGGGAAGGUUUUGGACUGGAAAGAGCAUUUUGCAUCACUCGUCGCCAAACAGUGAACAACUUCAAAAGUGAUUAUGGUUUUGGACUGGAAGGAGUAAUUCACAUAAUAAAUUAAGCAAGCAUCUCUCUCUCUCUCUCUCUCUCUCUCUCUCUCUCUCUGCAAGCAAAAAUAUACAUAUUUAAUAAUUAUUCAGGCAUGAUCCCCUGGUUAUGUGCAUCCUCUGAAAACAACUAUCAGUUAUUGGUCUUA